GUAAUUUCUUGUUCCACCUAAAAUCACUGGAUCCUCGUCAGAUUAUUGUACUUCCUGAUUCACCAUGAAGGCAUCUGUACUCGCAAUGUUGGUUCUCGUCAGUGGAUUUGUAAGCUACUGCUCCAGUCAAUCUUGGCGGAGCAAACAGCUUGGGGUUGCCGGUUGCCCGGGAGAUCCUCUUACUUGUCAUCUGUCCUGCCUUCAAGUUGGCAAUUCGAGCGAUAAAGGCGUUUGCGACGAUGACACAUGCACAUGUAUCCAUGUGGGUUGCCCGAAUAAUCCCCAGGGAUGCCAAUAUGUGUGCUCCAAAAACGAAGUUAGCAAACGCUACAGAUGCGGCGGCUACAAGAACCAAUUCUGUAGAUGCUUUGAAUAGUGAUAUCUCAUCAACAAUUGACGGGCAAUGUGCAAUAUUAGUACAACUGCAAGAGUGCUUUCCCCAUACAGGAGGGGACCCCAUCUUUUCCUGCAGUGCUGGUCGAAGUUUAUCAUUUUAUUCAGCUUGACGGGAGGGAUUACCUAAAACAUUACGUCGACAAAAAUAAAGUUGCGCAACUACAAUCUGUACCUGCGGGGUCCAAAAUAUAAAAACCGGCUCGAGUCAACUUCGUACCAUUAUUGCAUGUAGCCCCUCAAAGUCUUCAUGCAGGCGUGGCCUGUAAUGAAAAAGAAAAUGAAUAAAACGUA